AUGCGAGAAGGAUGCACGCUUAAUGAAAUAGUCCAUGACAUUGGUUGUUCACUAAAUGGCCGCUUUUGUGGACAGAAUACGAUGCUCGUUUUAAUCGACCAAUCCGAGCACCGACAUUGCAUUGUGCAGUGCAAAUGUGCAGAGGGCUAUGAGGAAGAAAAUGGCCAAUGCAUUGAACAAUAUGAAAAAACGAGACAACAUGGCAGAAGAACAAGGAAUAUCUGCUUGGAAAAAAGUUGCGAAGUUGGGAUGACAAUUCGUGAUGAAGGAUGCCAUUUGACUGGAGAAAAAUGUGGAAAAAAUAUGAUAUUUUUUGUGGUCAAUAGUACAGUUCAUAAUAUAACAUAUUUGAUUUAUUGCACACAGAGAUGUAGUUGCAUAAAUUCUGACUUCUCUGAAAGAAAUUCUGGUUGUGAAAAGGAAGGUACCACUGGUGAUUUAUCGAGUACCACUUCGCUUUAUGCCAUUACUAAUGGAAUGCACGAUUUUAAAAUGUAUAUAGGGAAUGAAUACCAUCUUGGCGAAGAAAUUUCUGAUCUCGGUUGUCGUUUAAGAAAUCAUGAAUGUGGAAUCAAUAAGAAAUUUAUUGCUGUUGAAGAAUUUUCUACCGAACACGAUCCAAAUAUUAAGGGAUGUAUCGAACGCUGUAGCUGUAUUUUGGCGGAACCUGGUGAUUGCAUGCAAAAUUUAUAA